UGCAUGAGCACAUCAGAGACUUGCACCCGCUGCCUGCAGCUUGGGGUUUUGGAAGAGUCCUACACAACCUGCGCAACGCCAUGACAAUACCUCAAACUCUUCAAUGUCGAGCUAAAUUCUGCCUCCGUUCUGUAGCCGAUUCCAGCUCCUUAGCCACAAGCUUUUUGCAGCACCCGUCGCGCUUCCUUUCAGCUUCCCAAAACCAUGGGCACCAUGACACUCCCAAUUGUAGCUCUCUCUGUCCUAGCCCUCCUCGCACUCGUCCAGUGUCAGCCCCUCUCAGCCCCUGCCCCCGCUCCCACCGCCACUCCAACCAGCUGCGUCCUCACCCCUGAGCUGACCGAAGGCCCCUACUGGCUGGAAGAUAAGCUAUUGCGCGCCAACAUAACCGAGGGCCAGGCCGGGAUCCCCUUCAACCUUUCCAUCGUCGUCUUGGAUGUCACCACCUGCCUCCCAAUCCCCAACGUUUUCGUUGACAUCUGGCACUGCAAUGCAACUGGAUUCUACUCAGGAUUUGGGGGUAGCACGACAUCUUCCCCGGGGAUGGGUGGCGGAGGCCCGGGGGGGUCCAGCUCCUCCACAAACAACCAGACGUUUCUGAGGGGGAUCACCCAGACGGACGCCAACGGUGUGGCAACGUUCGCGACGAUCCAGCCGGGGUGGUAUGCGGGGCGCACCCCUCACAUUCACGUCAAGGUGCACAUCCCCACAAACACCAGCACCUCGGUCCCUGCCGAGUACGCCUCCAGCCACACGGUUCAUACCGGGCAGCUCUUCUUCACGGACGCCCACAUGGCCCUCGUGUCCGCCGUCGCUCCGUACACCAACGACACCAACGCGUAUGUCGCGCUGACGUCAGACGGCAUCUACAACAGCAGCCCCGUGGAGCUCCUGAACAUGACGCAAGUUUCGGCGACCAACAUUGCGGCGGGGCUGGUCGCAACGAUUAACGCGAUUGUGGACACGACGGCGAACCGCCCGCCGACGUCGAGCGCGUCGAAUGUUGCUACGACGUCGCCGAGCAGUACGAGUGCGACGACUGCCCCCAGCACGAGCGCAACAACCGCGCCCAGUACGGUGGCUGCCGCCACGCCUACGCCUACAGUCGCACAGAGUGCCCCUGUCUCGGCGGUGACGUCAACGUCAUCAGCGCAGGCCCCCGGCUCAGCGGUGCCCGCAUCAUCCGGGAGUGCAAUGGGUGCUCACCCAAUUGACCUGACGAGUGCCACGCUCUUGGCCCUGGUGUCAUUCUUUGCUAUAGCCUGCUUCUAAUCGUGACACGUUCAGGGCUUAGUAGGUAGAAAGUUAAGGUCUUUGGUAGGGAGAUAGAGGUAGAUUGAAGGUGUGUCCGAACAAUCGUAAACUCCUGCAGCAAGCAGGACUUAGACAGCUUUGAUUUUGGCUCGCGUGUAGAAACCUGGAAUUUAGCACUGGAGUGUUCGCUGGUUAGAACCCUCUGAUUCGGCUGACCUCCAAUCACUAGCUCGUAUCUUAUGAAUGAAGUAGGUCGUAGGUUGCCCAUCAGCCAGGCCAGUGUGCUCGGACAUAAUUAGUUGCGCCAGCAUCGCUCAGUUUACGAGAUACCAGAACGCACUUCGUUUACUGUCGAUUUGAGUAUAAUUAUAACGGAUCAUUGAUACCUAU